AUGAAUAUGGACAUCUUUCUAAACACCUGUUUCCCGGAUACCUACGGCAUUUCCAAGUUUAAGGAUGCUCAUAAGAAACACCUUCAAGACUUGUUGGCUGAUGUAAAACCGGGACCCAAGUACAAUAGAGAGAAACCGAUGUAUCAGCCCAUCUGUGAUGCACUGAAAUACGUGUUCAGCGCCUUCAAGGAGGAUCCCCGUCUGCACCCACUGGCGGUGCAUGAUGUAUCAAGCGCUUACCAAAGGGGCGAUGAGAACCUUCGCCUCAUCACGCCCGAUAUUGCGAUAGAGGCUGGUGAUGGAUCUGACGUUGCAGGUCCGUGGACACAUGCGCUUGGCAUCAUUGAGGUCAAGCCGGACAAAGAGGAUGAUCCGGCUUGGAACAAUGAUCCCGAGCGGCCCUUGACCGUGAAGCAAACCAAGACUUUCAACCAGGUUCAGGAAUACGGUGCCGUGGCGUUCCAGGUUCGACCGCGUUGCUACUUGCUAGGCGUCGGUUUCUACGAUGAUGUCGCCCGUUUCUACCGAUGGGAUCGCUCAGUCCUCAUCUUUUCGGAAGCAUUCAACUACAAAAAAGACUGCACCCCUUUGGUCAAGUUCCUCAACGGUUUUGCGAAAUAUGGCAAUAUGACCAUGGGCAUUGAUUCUACGAUCAAACUCGGGGCGCCCGACCACUUCCCUCGGCCCCUCCUGCGGCGGAUAUAUCACAGGGCUAUCGAGGAACACGUCAUCGAUCCUCCUUCGAAGGUCCAGGAUGGAAUGUUAGCUUCUCAAAGUUUUGAGAUAGCCGCCCCCGCAAACCAGACCGAGACCAAGUCAGAGUCGUACACGACUAUAGGUGGACCGCUCUUCAAGGCACGGUCCCUUCAAGGACGUGGUACCAAGACCUGGUUAGCCGUGCCAACUGCGACGACAGAGUCUACCUGCUUGGGUGGUAAAGAGAUUGAGCAGUGCGUAAUCAUCAAGGACUCCUGGCGCGAGGCAGAUCGGCUACCCGAAAAGACUAUAUACGACAGGAUCCACGAGUCAGGGCACAUCUUCGGUGUGGCGCGUUGCCGAGCAGGCUUUGAUGUGGAGUCAGUGGUGGAGGAGAGCGUGAAGCUAUGCCACCGGACGUGUGCAGCAAGUCUCAACGCGCGCUUGCCCAGGGCAAGAUAUCGGGAAAGGAUCCACUAUCGAUGCGUAUUAGAGUCCGUCGGGAUUCCGCUGAGCCAAUUCAGUUCGACUCGUCAGCUUGUCGAGGCCGUCAGGGACGCCGUUAAGGGCCUCCGUGACAUGUCGAAGAGGGGUAUCCUCCAUCGGGAUAUAAGCGUCAAUAACAUCAUGAUUAGUGCUCGCCCCGAUGCAGAGUACGGGGCUGUCGGAUUUAUCAUUGAUCCUGAAUAUGCCACAUUCUUGGACGAUGCGUCGUCAACAUCAGACCUUCGUCGCAUCACGGGCACUAUCCAGUUUAUAUCCAUCGCCCUCCAGCGCCAGGUUGAAGGCUUGCAUCAUCACUCCUGGCAUGACCUCGAAUCCGUCUACUGGGUGACUCUAUACGUUGUCGUGCGUCAUGUUGAUACCAACGUCGCGCCCCAACGAGUAUCCCAAAUCUUCGACAACAAGAGGCCAGAUGGCAAGCUGGGAUGGCUGCAUAAUGACUACAAUGCUAUAAGGGUGAAGCAUCAUCGCCCGCUUACCCAGUGUCUGCGCAAGCUUGGGAAACUAGUCGCCAGCCACCAUCUGCAGAUGGAGGAGAGCAAUCUUCUCACCUAUGAAAACGUACUGGAGGUCUUACAAGAUGCACUCAAUUCCAAGAAGUGGCCAAGGGACGACCCAGCGACUCGCCCGUUCAAGACGUGCCACGACGAGAGCAAGCAGAGGGAGCUCGAGGUCGCGGAAGAGGUCUCAUCCGCGAUACGGUCCGCGCAGGCCAGCGGUAUCUCCUACGGAGUAGUGUCCCAAUCGUCGCAGAAGAGCUCGUCUCGAAAACGCAAGGCACGCGAUGUCGAGGAAGAAGAUUUCGCACGGCCAGAGUCGUCCGAUGCCAAGCGGGUGAGGAGUGAGCCCACGUCGGGAGUUUGA